GAUUGAAGGCAUUGGUAGUUGUCAGCACGGAUUGGUUUGCUACGGACCAACCAAAUUACUAACCCUGCUUAAAUGCAAAAAAAAGAGUCGGAUAGCAGUUUGAUUUCGACCGCUUCGUCCCCGAGCCUGUCUGGGCUGUGGAUAACAGCUUGUUCCCGGCGUUAGAAACAUGAUCUGUGGUGGUCGACAAGCCCCAGCUAGCGUCAGCUAGGUAGCUAAAAUAUUGAAUCUCGAACAAAGGGAUGGUUGAUAAAGCCAGCGUCCCCCUCUCUCACCAGUGAAGGUUACCCAGUAAAUAAAAGAGAGGACCGUGACAAUAACAAGCCAUGGAGCAGUACACCACUGCCACCACUACUACAGGGGAGCAGAUAGUUGUGCAGACUGCCAAUGGACAGAUCUCACAGCAGACACAGGGCACAGUGACGGCUGUGCAGCUGCAAACAGAGGCGCCAGUGGUGACGGCCUCAGGCCAGCAGGUGCAGACACUCCAGGUAGUCCAAGGACAGCCUUUGAUGGUCCAAGUGAGCGGUGGGCAGCUUAUCACAUCAUCAGGGCAACCCAUAAUGGUGCAGGCCAUGUCGGGGGGUCAGGGUCAAACCAUAAUGCAGGUCCCUGUAUCUGGAGCCCAAGGACUACAGCAGAUCCAGCUGGUGCAGCCAGGUCAGAUCCAGCUGCAGGGUGGUCAGACUCUUCAGCUCCAGGGCCAGCAGGGUCAGCCCCAGCAGAUCAUCAUACAGCAGCCCCAGACGGCUAUCACAGCUGGACAGAACCAGGGGCAGCAGAUCAGCGUGCAGGGCCAACAGGUGGCACAGACGGCUGAUGGACAGACCAUCGUCUACCAGCCUGUCAAUGCAGAUGGUACCGUCCUGCAGCAGGGAAUGAUCACAAUCCCAGCUGCCAGCUUGGCAGGCGCCCAGAUUGUACAGGCAGGGGGUGCCAACACCAACACUACCAACAGCGGCCAAGGCACUGUGACCGUCACCCUGCCCGUCUCUGGUAACAUGGUCAAUGCAGGUGGAAUGGUCAUGGUAAGACCCUGUGCAGAGAUGGUGCCCGGAGGUGGUGCAGUUCCCACCAUGCAGCGUAUCCCUCUGCCAGGGGCUGAGAUGCUCGAGGAGGAACCUCUGUAUGUCAAUGCCAAACAGUACCAUCGCAUCCUCAAGAGAAGACAAGCCCGGGCUAAGCUGGAGGCUGAGGGCAAGAUCCCCAAAGAAAGGAGGAAAUAUCUACACGAGUCUCGCCACCGUCACGCUAUGCAGCGUAAGCGAGGAGAUGGAGGACGUUUCUUUUCACCAAAGGACAAAGAGGAAAUGGCUUUGGCCCUGGCGCAGCAGCAGCAGGAAGCAGCCCAGGCAGCAGCAGAUGAGACGGUGGCUCAGAUGAUCCGAGUCUCGUAGCACUGUCGUCAACGUCGUCACUUCUGCCUGUGAACUCUACCCUGCCUGAGACUCUUCAUCCCAGCUAACCCAUCUGCCGCACCUUCUCCUCUUGCUCCCUCUUUCCCCACCCAUCAUUCACCAGGCCACCACAGCACUGCCACUGGGUUUCUUCUGUCAUCUCUCCACUCCUACUCUGGGCUUCCAGGGAGCUGGCUAUGUGGCUGCUGAGCCUGUGGACUGUUCUAGUCUUCUUCUUUUAAAAUGGAGGAUGCUUCCAUGUUCAGCUUAACUGGUCAAGCACUUAGGACCAGUGUUUUAUUUUUUUAAGGAUUUUGUUUGGACAUUAAUGAAACAUGGGUAUCCAGUGCUAGUCAUACAAUGUAAAUGUGUCUCUGUCAGAGGCUGGUCUGUUAAAAAGAUGCGAUUUCUGUCACUAGCGGAUUCUUGUUGCUUUAAAUAUUUUUUGUAAAUGGUACAGAUAUACACUCAUUAAGCGUCGAUGCUACACUUGUGUUCUAUAUCUUUUAUGUGAUGCCCUGUAUUUUGAUAUUUCAUUUUUUCAACCCAUGUACUUUGUGUGGGUGAUGGACUCAGCAAGUCCAACCUCUGUCCACCGAGGCAAAACUGAAAUGUGACACAAAUGUGAACAUAUUGUACAGAAAUUCAUUUCUUUCCCAGUGUUUAUCAGAUGUACUUACUGAUUUGCCCAAUUCUGUGGAUGCAUUUUAUACAAUUCCACGGUUAGACAGUGUUUGUAAGGGAAAAAAAAUAUGUAGUUACUUCUUCAUUGAUUGAGUCCACCUAAGUGUUUUUUUUUUUCAUUGUAGAUGAUUUUUUACCCAUCAGAUGCAGUUCUUUAAUGUUUUUUUUGUUUUGUUUUUUUGAUAUAAAGAAAAAAGGCUGGACGGACAUCGAAUUCAUGAAACCUAUGUCAAUUAAAUUUUAUUAAGUGAU